CUGCCUUCCAUCUUUGAGGACAUGUAUUUCCAUUGUUAGAGCGGUCACUCGAAUAUCUUGUCAAUAUAAUAGACAAUCCUUGGUUACCUGCGCUCAAAUGUGAAAGCCUGUGAUUGGACGAUGUUGCAGUUGCCGCGCUCUAUAUAAUUUUUGGCCUGGUCAUCCGCCAUCUAUUCUUACAGUGCAAUUGCUAUGGAUACCACAAUGGUGUUUGCAAAGAGGGAAAGGAGUCCAUUCACAUGAUAUACCGAUCAGUAUUAACACGCAGGCGUCAGUCGGUAUUUGAAACCCUGUGUAGCGUUGCUUCGAAAGCGCUGUGAUGAAAAUACUAGAGAAUAGAUCUUUCUCUUCAAUAAUGAUUUACAUUCUAUGCCGGUGUGGGUAAAUGUAGAGCAACCGUUUGCAUAAUUAGUCUACAUUUGUGACGCGCGCUGUUACCGUGCGGUGCUUGCGGUCUGCACCUGUUCACUAACAUGCCCGUGGUGAGUGCUCCAUCUGCGUAGGAAACAUCACUUUUUGACAUUUGAAAGCCUUUUAUUUGCAUUAAAUAGAUAGCGCGUUAUUUCUGCCGAGUAUCUACAGUAAGGUCUGGUUUAGGAAUUAUGCCAUGUAGACAAGCGAACGGCUUUGCUCAGACCAGUGAUAAUAGCCUUUAGUUUCGUAAGGCGACGUUGUGGACAUUCUGUGAAGAAGGCAAGACGCUAUAGAUCGCCAUAGUGUGCAGUUCCGCGAUGCUCGGCCAGUCACCUCACCUUAUUGGAGGCAUCUUGUGGAUCCAGAAUCCAAUGAGAGCUGUCCACUGCAACCUGAGCCAGAAUGGGAUGGACCACCAGAUGUGCCCGGACGAUGUGACCUCUCACCUGGAGGAGGAGCCUCUGGACCAGGGCGCCAUGCUGGACGACGACAGCCCCACCUAUCAGGACGUGAGCCCCGGGUACCAGCGCCACUCACCGCCCCAGCGCUCCGUCUCCGAGUCAGAACUCUCACGUUCGGGGAACGUAAAGCUGUCCAAGCCGGUGGCCCUGUGGACCCAGCAGGACGUGUGCAAGUGGCUAAAGAAGCACUGCCCCAAGCAGCAUCAGAUCUACAGCGACUCCUUCAAGCAGCAUGACAUCACAGGACGGGCUCUGAUGAGAUUGACGGACAGGAAGCUGGAGCGAAUGGGCAUCAUGCAGGAGGGCCAACGGCAGUACAUCCUCCAGCAGGUCCUGCAGCUCCGUGUCAGAGAGGAAGUCCGAACCCUGCAACUACUCACGCAAGCCUCUCUGGAGUGUUCUCCGUAGCCCGGGCGUUCCAGGACACCAGCUGCCAAAAGGACCCAGUCUCCCUCGGACCUCCUACAUCUGACCCCCUCCCACCACCAAUCAGAGCUGUCCUGACGCCAACCUUAAUCCUAACUUCAAUCUUAACCCCAGGCUUAGUCCCAAAACCUCAAACCUUCACACAAGUAAAUUCAUUGGCUUGUCCAGUGACUUAUCACAGACAUUCGAUCACUUUCUUGCCUUUAACCAAGCAUUUCCACUACAUUUGUCCCUAUGCCAUCCCAACGCUCCUACCCCUUCUGAAGCACCACUAGCCCAGGCCAUUCUGAGAACAAGCAUCAAGAGCAGGACAACUUAUCAACCCUCAACCGACGAUCCAACUACAAAGACUGUGGAGAACAACGACAAAACGCACGUGUCAAAUAUGGCAGUCAACUUGAAAAAAACGUCUAUGUUAAUUCCUCCAUGUCCGUCCUAUGUGAAUACAACCCCCAAGAUACACCACUGAGACGGUGUGUAACAUUCUAUUGACUUCUAAUGGUGACUUUAUAGACAUAUUGGGUACACCAGCCUUUCGCUCUUACCCUCCGUCUUCUUUCUCUCGGUCUCUCUCGCGCUCUGUCCUCACUGACUAUACCAGCGCAGCGAGAGGGUGACACAUUUUGCACUUCUAUAUGUUCCCUUUCUCCUUCACUCUCUCUCGCUCCCUCUUUUUCUGACUGUCGUCUGCAUUGAUUGUGUGCAUUGUCAGUGUCUGGGCUUGCCUGGUGAAAAAUAUUGUCUCUGUUGUCCUAUCUGUGUUCUCUGCCCUGCUCCACUCUCUCCCUCCUUCACUUUGUGGGUCGCUCUCUCUCAGCGCAGUCAGCAAAACCCAUCCAUGUGAGAGAACUUCACUGUGAAUACAUCCAGGUGUGGCAUGAAGAGAGAGAACCAGGGGGAAAUAAAUGACUGAUAACCUACAUGGGACAAUUGGUGGGUUGAGAGAUGUGGUUGAGAGAGAACCAGGCAAGUGCUUCUCUACUGAUGAAGAGAACAUAAAGAAGAAAAAUAUCACACUGAAGACCCCCCCCCCCCCUCCAUUUUAAUUAUGAGCUAUAUUGAAAAUAGUGUAGAAAGGAAAAUGUACCAUGUGCAAAAAAACAAAAACAUCCAGUGUCUGCCAAGUCUAUCAGAGACAUGGCAUUUAUCUCCCUCAUUGUUUUAUGACAAACUAACUCUGCUGUAACUGUUAAUGUGAAAUGGCCAUUCACUGUUAAUAUAAAGGCAUUUUACUGUACUUAGAAGCACAUGGAACUGUCAUGCCAACAAUCCAGUCAUUGCUUGGGCCAUCGUCCCCUAUAUGUGUGUGUUUUCAAACCCUGUAGCCAGUAAUGAACUGUAACUAAAGCCAGUAUGCUGGAGUGAUUCCUAUUACCCAUGUAUCACCACCACUGUAGCAUGACCUAUUGUCACCAUCACAACUUCCUCCCCGUCAAGAAAUGAAAGUAGGGGAAUUCCAGCCCUGGAGAGCCAUUGGUUUAGCUGAAUUUAAUUGCAACAUUGGGUCUUGUGUUACGAGUGCCCAUUGUUUGGAUUGGAGCUUGGCUUAUGCUGUGUAGUUGGUGGUUGGCCCAUUAGUAGCAAAUGUAAUAGUAUUGAUUAAACCUUCAGGACUGUGUAGACCUACAGGCCAGGAAUAGCCCAUCCCUGACAUUGGAGAGGUAAGGAAUGCGGACACUUACAGUCACAUGGGAUAAAGUCGUUCUUAGCUAAAGCACAAGUGGCUAUUUCAUGCUUCGGUGGAGAUCUGGUGUCAGUAUCUCUCUUGGCCAGUGGGGGCUGCCUGCUUCCAGUUGGGAGACCUGGCACCUUCUUUUCACAUCAUCUGGGUGUCGAUAGCCGAACUGGGGGGAGUAGGCUACAGUAUUAACCCAAGGCAUUGUUUGGAUAAAGAACAAAAAAACCUGGAACUGUAACAUGGGCUGCCCCUUCCUGCCAACUAUAACUUGGCUGUAAAUUAGUUAUUUAGUAAAUGACGAAUGAUGACUUUGUAUAUGGUAGCUCACCAUGUGACUUUCAGGGUAUUUCGAACCUGGGUCGUGUUCAUUAGGGCACACCGGAACCAAAAGUGUUGCAACGGAAAACAAGGCCGAGCGUUUCUUAUUGGACAAGUCCAGGUAGUCCCUCCAUGUUUGAACCCAUUUUCUCCCGUUUGGUGCCUAAUGCACAUGACCAUGCCAGCUCUGCCAAGGUGCCCGAGGACUUGCCUGAACUGGCUCUUUCCACAACCCCCUGAUACAUUUUUUACGCUUUUGGAAUUUAUUCAUUGGCACUUUACUAGUGCACUGUUACUCAAGAGAAACCUUAUACUGAGCCUCACUUUCUUAUUGCACAAGACAAACCUUAGUACAUCACCCACACAUACACGCAAAUGGAAGCAGACUUACAAGGAAUUAUGUGACUACACAGUCAGACAUUACAUUCACAGGUGUAUAUAAAUACAUAUGCCUAUAUUAUGCACGCGCAAACACAAACACACAUAGGACACACACAUUAACACACUUAAACUAAUACAACUGUUAAAGGAAUAGUUUGGGAUUAUGUUUCGAGUCCAGUAUAAAGGAAGAUAGCAUUGGUUCGUGAAACUACCUCUAACUAGUUUAGGGCAACGACUACAACCUAUCCCUUUACAGUUUUUCUCAAUCGCUUACAAGCAGUUUUUGUGUCUGUGUUGGAACAUCUAAAACCGCAAUGAUGAAAUGCUCAAAUACAUUUACAGAACUUCUGGUCAUUUUCUUGCCUUAAUACAUGACUUGCAUAUCUUAGAGCGCCAUUUGCAAAACGUUUAAUUCAAAUGUCAUCAGUGAAUACAAAAUGUACUGUUAGGUGUUCUGUUCACAUAAUAUAACACAAUUACGGCCCUGCUGUUUUUAUCAGGAGGGAAAUUUGUGCGAUUGUGUACACUGUUUCCGGCAAUCCGUAUACUGCACACAGUUCUAAAUCACCCCAUCAGUGGCAUAUUAUGUAGCCCUAAAAUAUAUGGUAAGAUCUAGAAGACUGUCGGUACUGUCUAGUUGUUAUGACGUUAUUUUUGACAAUAUUGCAGACAUUCAGAGAUGCACAUAAUUAAGUAAUCAUGUGACCUUCCAUGAUAGAGCUUUGCUUUGGUGUGGAUUGCCUAUUCCUAUCAGCUGUGUUCCUCCAUUGUAUUGACCUUACCAUAUUUAUUUUGCUUAUGGUUUUUCUGUGAACCAAUGGAAAGUCUACAAAACAAUGAACAAACCAGCCUUUGUAUUGAGUACAUGGAAUUGGAUUGUGAUGAUACUGAUGAAUGUUCUUUUUUGUAUCAGGAAUAUUUGAUGAGUAUGAAAUUGUUUGGUGAAAUAUGCAUAAAAGGACAGAACUCUGCGCCUUUGGAUACUUGUACUUCUAAUUUUGAUCAUCAUGAUUUUGUGACUGUAAAGAAAAUGUAUUGAUCUACUCGGAUUUGUAAAAGCCAGACUAAUUUCCUUGGACUCAAAAGAUAAGUAUGGUUGCGUUAAUCUUUCUGUAGGCAGUAGUGUUCUUUUGAUGAAUCUAUUAGCAAUGCCGAUGGUGGGCUAUAAUAUCAUUUUGAUGACUGUAUUUAUGUUUUGAGAAGGCAACUACAUUUUGAAAAUGCAUUUGACUGUUUUCCAAAGCCCUUGUGAACUCUGUUUUGAAAAUCGACAACAUUGUUCCAAAAAAAUGCUUGAAAUCGAUUGAGAAAAACAAAUGUAUGAUUUUUGGCCAGUUUGACAGCAUGUCUUUUUUUUUUAACUUUCUGGUGUUUUUUGUAUCAAACAGGCAUGCAGAUCAAGUCUUCAGCCCCUCCCCCCCAUCUACAUAUAGGGUGCCUAAUCAUGGAUAUCAAUGAAAUAUUAUAAAUAUCUUAAUAAAUCUAUUAACCUGUA